AUUUUAGAAGAGGCUGCUAAGUAUAUUAGAGAUUUAAUUAAGCCAGGGACUUUUAGUCAGAAAACUUUAAGAAGAAUUAAAGACUUUAUAGGAUCGAAAGAUAUGUUAGAAUACCAUGCUGAUCUGGUUCAACGAUUAGAUGCAGCAAUUCAAGACCUUCAGUUAGAUUAUGUUUGUGCUAUACACAAAAAAGUUAACUACUUGUUGGAUUAUGCUCAACUAGCAAUGGUAACAAAAGGCGCUGAUAUCAGAGAAGAUAGCAUAUAUGUUGAUCCGUCAAAAGUUGAAGAAUACGAUGAUACGGAAAUCCGAGGGAAAACUAAAAAAAUUAAAAAAAUGUUGUUUAACGGGUGUGUCGCAGUAGCUGUUCGUAAAGUGCAGGCUAGUGACAAAACUCAAGCUGAGCGACAAGCAACGAUUUUAAAUAAACUGAGUGUCUGCAGAAAUAUAGAGAACUUUCAAGGUUUGAUGAGAAAAAAUGAAGAAGUAUAUGUGGUGACUGAAUGGGCCGCGAAUUACGAUCUCGAAAGACAUCUUCGUUCCGACGUAGAGAUUUCAUGGGCACAAAAAUUAAAGUUUGCAGAAGGUAUCGCAGCUGCCCUCACAUUUUGCCAUGAAGCUGAUAUUUUUCAUCAUGAUGUUAAAAGUGCGAAUGUAUUAUUAGAUGAACAUUUGAAUGUGAAGCUUAGCAAUUUUGAUAUGGCACGCUUCUCUAACGAAGCAACGACAUCACUAUCGGAUCAAAUGAAGAGUAUUAGAUGGACUGCGCCCGAAAAAUUAAAUAUAACCUAUGUUCCCUAUUCCAAACAAAUGGAUGUAUAUAGGUAA